AUGGGAAAAUUAAACACAUAAAAUAAGUAACAUUAAAGAAGAUUAAAAGUAGAGGAUUAGCAAGGCUUGAAUUUACCUAUAAAUAAAAAUCAUAUACGAGGAGAAUUUCGAUGUGAUCUUCCUUCUCAUAUAUCAAGUCAUAUUUUAGUUGGAUAACGAUCAGAAAUACUUUAUUCAAAAUUAGAAAACUAUAUGUUUCGAUUAGAAUGGAAAUAAAGAGCUGAUGGAGUUAAUCCAUUAGGAACAGAAUUUAGGUACAAUGAUCUUAAGCAAGUUUGCCCAGGCUUGUUAAUGAAAUAUUUAUCAAAAUUUGUUGUGCUUUCUUGA